AAAAAACAACUCGUACCGUCUGUUGUUUUGUAAAAAUAACAAAAGAAAAAAUCCAAUAAUGUGUGGUAAAAAAGUAUUGUUGCAAAAGUAUUUUGGUUUGUUUGCGGUUGUAAUGCUUUGUGUCCUCUUGUCCGUCAAAGCUGAUAUUACAACUGAGACCCCAUCUUCUGGGAUUCUUGUUCGUAAUGUUAAUUCUGUUAAAAUGGAUUCGCUAAGCAUUUGUCCAGAUAUGUUGCAUUAUGUGUUUGAAGAUUCCAUGCCUCAAGAAGAAUUAAAAGCAGGUACUUUCGAGAAGUACCCUUCAACAGAUGAUGAAAAUAUACCAGAAGAGCUGGAUCUUAGAUCAUGCGUUGAGGCUUGUUGUGAAAAGAAUAAAAACAAUACAUGUAAUGUAGUAGUCUUCGGGUCCAAACAGAAGUGUUAUCAUGUGCGUUGCGUCACCAAUGAAGCCUGUUUGCCGAAAGAACGCAAUACCAAUGAACGUACAAUUCCCAAUGAGCGCUUGCAAAUGGUUUUGGUAAAUCCAGUGAAACGGUCUGAUGUUGAUUCUGAGAGAAUGACGUGGCUAGACACACUAAAGGCUUCGAAAGCCCUUAAUGAACUAAUACCGCUGGAGGACUUGGCUGAGCAUGAGAAUAUGAAUGCUUUGAAUUUUUGGAAACGACCGCGCAAAUAUCAGUAUUUAGCUCGGAACUCAGCAGAAGCUGCUCCAAGUUACGACGAUGAUGAACUCGCUUUGUCCACUGAAAAGAGAAUGAAACAGUUCAUGAUGUCUGGUUUAGAUGGUAACGGUGGAAUUUUGGGGAAUGGUUUAACCUAUUUUAGGGGCAACACGCCACCGGAACCGCAAGGAUCACAGUACAUAACUUGUAAUUCGGACAUAUCAGGAGAAAACAAAUGUCCAUUAAAUGAAGAAUGUGUUUCAGUACACAUUGAGAGAAGUAUGGGUAUUUGUAAAUGUAUACAUGGUUUUCGGCGUAACCAUUUGCGUGCUUGUGUUCCCGAUAAUUUGGAUUACCCUUUGGAUGAAUCGGGCGUUGCCCAUAAUAUAAUGCUGACGUCAGCGUCUACAUAUGAAAACGACCCUUUAAAAAAGUUUAGUUCCAAGACGACGGCGGAAAGUGAGGGUACUAAGAAACUUAUGGUUUCGGUUGUAUCAAAAGAGGUACGUUUACCGGAGAAAGAAGUAACCUUGGCGGCGUUUACAGUACCUGAUGAACAAUCGAGUAAUACAAAAUACAAAUACCUAUGGUCACUAAUAAAUCAACCAAAAAGUCCAAUGAAUGGCACCAUUUCGGAUCAGAGUCAGUCAAAAGUGAAGUUAUCAAAUCUUUCUGAAGGUUUAUACACGUUUAAAGUUACUGUAAACGGAACGAAUGGCACUUACGGUGAAGCCAUGGCCAAUGUUACUGUAUUGCCAGAAAAACGUAUUAAUCGUGUACCUCAGGUUGUAAUAACCCCUCGAGAACAAACUAUAAGACAACCAACGACAAACGCUGUAUUGGAUGGCAGCACUAGCACCGAUGAUGACAAAAUUGUAUCUUGGCAUUGGGAAGUGGUUUCCGGACCAAUUGGAUAUCAACCAAAAUUACCAGACGUUAAUACGUUGCAAUUAACUGAUCUCACUUCUCCUGGAAAUUAUACAUUUAAACUCACUGUAACGGAUACGGAUAAUGUAACCAAUUCGACAACCGCUACAGUUACUGUGUUAAAAGGAACGGAUUAUCCACCAGUUGCAAAUGCUGGAGAUGCUGUCAUUCUCUAUUUACCUAAUAACAAUGUUACCCUUAACGGCACGGCUAGUUCAGACGAUCACGAAAUUGUGGCCUGGGAAUGGACUAAAGACGCUGGUGAUGAAUCUAAAGCAGUGGAUAUGCAAAAUACUAGGACGCCAUAUGUACAGCUUUCGAAUUUGGAAGAAGGAAUGUACACUUUCGUUUUAAAAGUCACCGACGGUAGUGGACAAUCAAGCACAGCAAAAGUUCAUGUGUUUGUAAAACCGCCUACCAACUCACCUCCCACAGCAAUUGCAGGAACUAAUAUGACUAUAAAUCUGCCAAUUAAUUGGGUCGUUCUAAACGGCUCAUCUUCAGCCGAUGAUAUCGGUCUUAAAUCCUAUGAAUGGAAAGAAGUUCAAGGACCUAAUGCUGCGGUUAUAUUGAAGUCUAACGAAACGGUCGCCAAUGCUACAGGUUUAACUUUAGGCUUGUAUGAAUUUGCGCUUACUGUAGCUGAUACCAGUAACAAUACCGCCUCCGAUCGCUUAUGGGUUAAAGUGGUUCAAGAAAAAAAUUCGCCACCUGUGGCAAAUGCCGGCGGUGAUCAAAGCGUCACUUUACCAUUAUCAGCAAUAUACCUGAACGGUUCCAGUUCUUAUGAUGAUUUAAGUGUGGCAAAGUAUCAAUGGACCCGUGAAGACUCCAGUUUAGCAGCCGGGCAAAUUGUGGGUAAUAGCAACAAGGAGUCCAUUAUGAUUCUAACAAAUCUAGUUUCUGGUCGUUAUGUCUUCAAACUGACAGUUAGUGACGAACAAGGCUUAACAAGCACGGAUACGGUUAGCGUUUUUGUGCAUCCCGAUCCAAUGUUAUUGAAUUUGGUACAACUACAACUGCCCAUGAAUAUAUCUAUGUUAACUUAUUCCGCUUUGAAUAUAAUCGCGCAAAAAAUUGGUUUACUAAUGGGCGAUAUGAAAGUUGUGGUACGCGAAUUGCAAUGUGAUUCUCGAACGGAGGCAGCCAUCUUGGUCUUCUUUGUUCAGAGUGAGAAAGACGGUAAAAUUAUACCGAUGCCAGGCUUAAUAAUAGAGCGCUUAUUAAAGGAGAAAUUGCAGCGCGAUGCCUCCAUUUUGGGCACUGUCUUCGCAGACGUACGGACUGUAAUCUGUCAGAAUAAGUGCUCUGACCACGGCGUAUGUAAUGCUGACACACGGGCUUGUAUAUGUGAAGCUUUUUGGAUGCCUUCCUUCGGUUUUUUUUGGGGCCUGGAAGAAGCUAAUUGCGAUUGGUCGGUCUUGUAUGUGUUUGUAGCAGCAUUUGUCGCCUUAUUGCUGUUAUCUACCUUGUUUUGGGGCAUAGCUGUGGCUUGCAGGCAAACAAAAAAACCGCGCUCUAGACCAAAACUCCAAAAAUAUUCGCUAAUUGGAACACAAGACACGGAAGCGCCUAAUUUUUGCCGUACAAACUCUUUAAGUGAUUCUGAUACUGAUUCUGAUGUUCUGUUCGAGUCGCGUUCAAAGUCAAAUGGCAUUCUUCGUAUAAAUGGCAGUUUAAAAAGUAAUAAAGCCAAUGGGCUUGACCGUUCGAAAAAUUCGAGUAGACACGCACGUAAGGUAAAAACGUAAAUUUCUUAAACGGAAUACUUCAAGAUGUCUUUGUGAUACGUGCGUACGAUAUGUGUAAAGUUCUCUUACGUAUCUAAUCGUUUAUUUAGGUGUUCGAAAUAAGUUCCUGCGCAUAUGUGCAUAAUCUUGUAUCUUUUAUGUGUAAUUUAUGGAUGUUCAAUGUAAAGUGCACAAAUAGGUUUAUUUAGUUAAAUUCGCGUUUAAUAUUUUUUUAAUUUUUUUUUUUGCUUUUACUUUCGGUUAACACGUUUUACAAAAUAUUCAUUUAUUUAUCUAUUUUGUUAAAAUCUCAUUUUAUUUGCAUUCUUAAAUGAGUAUGAUUUCUUUCACUUAACUCCUUCAAGUAUCAUUAUUUGUAUGUGCUUGUAAGACGAAAUUGUUUAUACGCUAAUUUAUCGUACUUAUGCUUACAUUUAAGAAUAUAUGAAUAUAAAACCAAAGCUCUUAAAA